AUCCAUCCAUCCCUCCCUCCCUCCUCUAUCUCCCUCCUCCCUCUCUCUCUCCUCGGCUCUCUGCUGAAUCUUAUUGAUCCAGAAGGUGGCUAAUUAGCCCUUCCCGUCGUGCCUGUGUAAUGAAGCACAUGCGCACUGAAUUAAUCACAGCCAUUUUUUGCAGGAAACUAAUUAGCAGGAAUAAAGAUCCAAAGAGUUUUUUUCUUUUCAAUCAUCAGAUCUCACUUUCACCUCUUCCUCUCUCCCUCUAACACAAGACUCAUCGCCUGCUUUGCAUCCAAAUUAUUUUUAUAUUGCCUUUACAACUAAUAGUCCGUUUUUUACUCUCCGCAACAACAAUGAUCUUUCUUUUACCAUCAUCCUAAACGCAAACUGACCAAAAGGGACUGCCUUGAUGGGAUCUUUAGCCAAAGCGUCUCAAUACUGGAUUAAAAAGCAAGGAUCUCAAAGCGGCAGCCAAACAUUGCCUGGAUGCGAUGAACGCCUCAUGUAGGCAUCAGCAUGGAAAGCUGUGAGUCUCCCGUGGUUUCUGGGACAGACGAUGGGCUUGGCUCCUCCGCCACCUCCCAGCAGCACCAUCCACAACCCUGGAACGAUCAUCCCAACGCAAAGGUUCCACCUUGCAACCAAUCCCCUUCCUUGGAGUCCCUCUCUCUCUCUGCCCCCCAUUCCACCCAGAUCCAGAAUCCCAGCACACACUGCGAGGCUCUGAGAGAGCAGCAGAAGCAAACAUUGUCACAGGCUCCCAGUGAUAACUCCACUUCCAGACAGCUGCACCUCAAAAGAGAGGGGUUAGAGGAGGAAGAGCAAGAGGGAGUAAGCUGUGGAGAAGAGGACGAAGACUUGGAAGACUUGGAUGAAAUGGAGAUUGACAGCUGUUUCCCUAGUCUGCAACCCUUCCCUGGAGUACCUAUGGUGCCAAGUGGAGGGGGAAUGCCCAUGCUCAUGCGGCAACAGCCCUCCCAUCGGAGGGGUGCCACGGAGAGUGGGAGUGAAGAAGGAGAAGAAGAGGAAGAAGAGGAAAGUAGUGAUGUGGAAAACCUGGCUGGAGAGAUAGUCUACCAGCCUGAUGGCUCUGCUUACAUUGUGGAGAGUCUCAGCCAGCUGAUCCAAAGUGAUGGGAGCAUGGAACCAGGCCUGCUCCCCUCAAACUCUCUCACUAGUGGGGGAAAGCCAGGGGAACCUGUGGGAACUUCUUCAGUGUACCCUCAGAUCAUCAACACGUUCCAUAUAGCCUCGUCUUUCGGAAAAUGGUUCGGCUCCUCAGACCAAGGUUUCCCCAAUACCUCAACCCUGACAGGCUUCAGUCCUGUCCUGCACAGUUUCCGCGUCUUUGAUGUGCGGCACAAAAGCAACAAGGAUUACCUGAACAGCGACGGGUCUGCCAAGAAGUCCUGUGUAUCCAAAGAUGUUCCCAACAACGUGGAUUUCUCCAAAUUUGAUGGUCUGGCCCUUUAUGGCAAAGGCAAGCCCAUCCUCAUGUGUUUCCUUUGCAAGUUGUCUUUUGGCUACGCACGCUCCUUUGUCACUCAUGCAGUCCAUGACCAUCGCAUGACUCUAUGUGAGGACGAGCGCAGACUUUUAGGCCACAAGCAUGCAUCGGCCAUUAUACAGGGCAUCGGGAAAGACAAAGAGCCACUCAUUAGCUUCCUAGAACCAAAAAAUAAGAACUCUCCUCCACCACCUACCCUAGUGCCCAUGAACUCAGGCCAGAGCUUCUAUGGCACGUUCAGUGGGGUUCAUUUAGAAGGGGGCAGCAGUAGUGAGGGAGGUGAGAGCCUCCUUAACAAAGACUCUGACUCGGGUCUUCAGCAACAAGCCCUUCUCACACUGGGGGGGCUAGGCAGCCCCAAAGCAUCCUCCCUUACCUCAACCCCAGGCCCAGCCAAAGACUCCAGCACUCUGUCCAAGCCACAGGGUAGGAGAACAGAGGGGUCUGUGGGGAAAGAGGGGACUCAUAGAGGGGAGGAUGGGGAUGCAGAAAUCUGUGAAAGAAAGACUCUGCUUCCUGGUGAGGAGAUGCCCUCAGAUGAAGAGGAUGAGCUUCUUUUAGAAGAAGAGGAUGAAGAGGUAGAGGAUGAAGGCACUGCGGUGGCCUGUAGUGGAAGUAGCAGCAGCAGUGGUAGAUUUGUGGGGGAAUCGGCUGUCUCAAACCAAAGCAUCUCCAAAUCUCCUUUAUUAAUGCCUAGUAGCGCUCUCCAGCCUUCUGCUUGUCUUUCUGCAGCCAGCCCCGCACUUAGCAGCAAAUUCUCUGCUUCCAUGUCCUCUUCAUCUAUCAGAGGAGCAGAGGACGGGAUGGCUGCAGACGGUGGAGGGAGGACUUCAGAACUCCCUCUGAGCUUUAACUGCCAGGGGUCUACAGUACCCAUGGCAAUGGCGGCAGUUGCUGGCAGAGGGGGUGAAGAGGAUGGGGCCGCAUGCUCCACUGCGAGCACGUCCUCCCCUCUUGCCUCUAAUGCUGCUGCUGAGGAAAGUGCCAAUCGAGAUAGUGCCACAGCUCCUGAACCAAAUGAAUGCCCAGCAGAGGGAGAUGAGGACAACGGUGCCCUCCUCCACCACCACCUUCACCACCAUCACCACCACCUACACCCUUCGCCCAAUGCCCACACACACCUCCAUCACACAGCUGCUUGUGACUUGUCAGGAAUAAGUGAAUGCACCCAGAACCAUGGGGCUGGGGGCAGUGGAGGAAGUGGGGUAGAGUGCCCAAAGUGUGAUACUGUCUUAGGCUCUUCUCGCUCAUUGGGUGGCCAUAUGACCAUGAUGCACUCACGAAAUUCGUGUAAGACACUAAAAUGUCCCAAGUGCAACUGGCACUACAAAUACCAGCAGACCUUGGAGGCCCACAUGAAGGAGAAGCACCCUGACUCUGGAGGCUCUUGUGUGUACUGCAGCAGUGGGCAGAGUCAUCCUCGCCUUGCCCGUGGGGAGAGCUACACUUGCGGCUAUAAGCCCUUCCGCUGUGAGGUCUGCAACUAUUCCACUACCACCAAAGGUAACCUAAGCAUCCAUAUGCAGUCUGACAAGCAUCUUAACAACAUGCAGACGUUACAAAACGGAGGAACUAUUCCAACCGCUGGGGAGCAGGUGUUUGGACAUGCGCCAGGUGGGGUGGUGCCUGUUUCUUCAGCUUCACAGCCUGGCAGCCAUCAUCCAAGUCACCACCAUCAUCCAGCCCAGUCCUCUACCCACAUGACAGGACCUUGUGGUGCCCCUUCACCCACAAAACCAAAAAGCAAACCCACUUGGCGAUGUGAGGUGUGCGACUAUGAGACCAAUGUAGCACGUAACCUGCGCAUCCACAUGACAAGCGAGAAACACAUGCACAAUAUGAUGCUGCUUCAGCAGAACAUGUCCCAAAUGCAGCACGGCCGGCUUGGUCUAGGGGCCAUGCCUUCACCAUCAGAGGCUGAGCUAUACCAGUACUACUUGACCCAAAACAUGAGCCUGCCUCCAGGUCUUAAGAUGGACCCCUCUGGAGCUGAUGCCCAAUUCUUGCUUGGAGGGUUUCAUCUCGACCCUAACAUGGCAGCUCUUGCUCCAGCACUAGUUGGGGGGGACAUUGCCAUGGAUGUACGCCUGGGUGGUGGACAGCUGGUCUCGGAGGAGCUGAUGACCUUGGGUGAGAGUCUAUCUCAGACCAGCGACCCCUCCCUCAAACUCUUCCAGUGUGCUGUGUGCAACCGCUUCACUACCGACAACUUGGACGUGCUGGGCCUGCACAUGAGUGCAGAACGGUCACUCCCUGAAGAGGAGUGGAGAGCAGUGGUAGGCGACUCCCACCAAUGCAAGUUGUGCCAUUACACCACGCAGCUCAAGGCCAACUUCCAGCUGCACUGCAAGACUGACAAGCAUGUGCAGAAGUACCAACUGGUGGCACACAUUAAAGAAGGCGGCAAGGGCAAUGAGUGGCGUCUCAAGUGUGUGGCCAUUGGCAACCCUGUACACCUCAAAUGCAAUGCUUGCGACUAUUACACCAACAGCUUGGAAAAACUGAGGAUGCACACGGUCAACUCCCGCCACGAGGCCAGUCUCAAGCUGUACAAGCAUUUGCAGCAGCAUGAAAACGCUGUAGAGGGAGAGUCGUGCUACUACCACUGUGUCCUGUGUAACUACUCUACCAAGGCCAAGUUGAACCUCAUCCAACACGUUCGUUCCAUGAAGCACCAGCGCAGCGAGAGCCUGCGGAAACUGCAGCGCCUGCAGAAGGGCCUGCCUGAGGAAGAGGAGGAGUUGAGCGCCAUCUUCACCAUUCGCAAGUGUCCAUCUGCUGACACAGGAGAGCUGAGUGAGGAUGUGGAGGCUGCCAGUGAGACCACCACAGAUCAGGAGGACCAAACCAAAGACAAAGAGAGUGGGGGGGAGAGGGAGCUCACCAAAGGGACAGCAUCCAACCAGCUGGAGAGGGAUCAGACGGACUCCCCGGUCCCCUCCAAGCGGCCUUCUUCAAGGUCCGAGACAGCAGAAAGCCCCCUCUCAUCAAAACGACCCAGGACCACUGAGAAGAGCAGUGGGGAGCAGAUGUACCAGUGCCCCUACUGCAAGUUCAGCAACACAGAUCUGAACCGGCUCAGAAUGCACGUGAUGACGCAGCACUCAGUGCAGCCCAUGUUUCGCUGCCCGUUGUGCCAGGACAUGCUCAACAACAAGGUCCACCUGCAGUUCCAUCUCACCCACCUCCACAGUGUGGCACCAGACUGCGUGGACAAGCUUAUUGCCACUGUGGCAGCAUCAGAAGUACUGCCAGCAAGCAUGUUCAUACCAGUACCUGGACCAGAGAAAGAUACUCAAACUACACCUCAGUUCAACUCAAACUCGGAAGACACUAAGAAACUAACAGAAGUGGCAGAUGCUGAGCCUGAAAAAGCAGUUUCUCUGACCUCUGACACUGCUGAAGCUCGCAAAUCUCCUCUUGAGGAACAACAGCCUGCAAGAGAUGAUUCCACUGGUUUCCUUUGCUGGAAAAAGGGCUGUAACAAAGUUUUUAAAUCAUCCAGUGCUCUUCAGAUGCACUUCAAUGAGGUCCACAACAAAAGGCCCCAACUGCCGGUCUCUGAUCGUCAUGUCUACAAGUAUCGCUGCAAUCAAUGUAGUCUGGCAUUCAAGACAAUAGAGAAACUUCAGCUGCAUUCCCAAUAUCAUGUGAUCAGAGCGGCCACAAUGUGUUGUUUAUGCCAGCGCAGCUUCAGAACCCUACAGGCACUUAAAAAGCAUCUGGAGACCAGUCACCUGGAGUUAAGUGAAGCAGACAUCCAGCAGCUCUAUGGAGGUUUACUGAUGAAUGGGGACCUAAUGAUUAUGGGCGAUCCCUCACUUGGAGAGGACCAGGGAGGUCUUCUGGAUGAUGAGAAAGAGGGAGAUGAAAGUGAUCCAGAGGAAAAGCAAAGUCCAACUGGCAGUGACUCUGGAUCUUUGCUAGAGGAUUCUGGAUCUGAACCCAAACGUGCCCUUCCUUUUAGAAAAGGCCCCAACUUUACUAUGGAGAAGUUUCUAGAUCCAUCUCGUCCCUUCAAGUGUACAGUCUGCAAAGAGUCAUUUACUCAAAAGAAUAUCCUGCUUGUACACUACAACUCAGUAUCUCACUUACACAAAGUCAAAAGGGCCCUACAAGAAUCCACCACAGGUCAGCCAGAGCCUACCAGCAGCCCUGAUAACAAACCCUUCAAGUGCAGCACUUGCAAUGUAGCAUAUAGCCAGAGCUCUACACUGGAGAUUCACAUGCGCUCUGUUCUUCAUCAAACCAAGGCCAGGGCAGCAAAGCUUGAAGCAGCUGGUGGCAGUUCUACUGCUGUUAGCAGUAGUGGCCCAAGCGGAAGCACUUCCAAUAGCACUUCAACCCCGAGCCCUAUUCCAGCCACUAACUCAACUACCAGCUCUAGUAACAGCAGCAGCUCUCCUGCAGGAGCACAGACAGCACAGAGCAUAAUGGGAGGUAAUCAUCUGUCAAGCCAUUCUCACAGUAUUGAGAAUUUGGGUAAUUCAGCUAGUCACACUUCCUCCUCUGAGAAUCAUGAAGUGAAAAAGAAGAAAUUCUCUGACAUGCUGUCCUCGAGAAGUCAUCAGCAACAGCUUCAACAACAGCAGCAGCAGUUGGCCCAGGCUCAAGCACAGGCACAGGCUCAGCUCCAGCAGGAGCUCCAGCAGGCCGCACUCCUUCAGUCCCAGCUUUUUAACCCUCUUCUCCAGCACUUCCCAAUGACAACAGAUGCUCUUCUCCCUCUUCAGCAACAGCAGCUGCUUUUUCCCUUUUACAUUCCUGGGGCAGAAUUUCAACUUAAUCCAGAAAUGAAUCUAAAUAGCUCUACAUUGAACUUGAGUGGAUCUACUGCAUCACUGUUAGAAGAACAGAAAAAUUCUGUCCAGCAGGCACAGCAAAGUUGCUUACAACAACAACUUAUGCACCACCACCUUCAGCAACAGCACCAAGCUCAUUCCCACUCACAAGGUUCAAGCCAAAUGGCUUUACUUCAACAGAGUGCCCUCUCUCACCCUGUAGACAAAAAGACAAAGCCAUCUCCCCACACUGAGAAAGAAAGAGAUCUGCCAAAGGACAAAGAAAUUAGUGAUAAAACAGAGGAUCAUGUUCCAAAAGAUUUGUCAGACAAGUCCAAAGAAAAGAUAGAUGCUACUCAAGCUUUAGUUAAUGCAAAUCAUGACUCUGGAUUUCCUCCUCCAAGAAUUGCCUCAGAUGCCAGAGGAAAUGCCACCAAAGCUCUACUGGAGAAUUUUGGAUUUGAGUUAGUAAUUCAGUACAAUGAGAAUAAGCAAAAAGCACAAAGAAAGUCAACAGGGUCUCUGCCAGGAUGCACUGGGACAGCUGGUUUCACCAGAGUGGUUGACCCCAUUGAAGGACUAGAGAAACUGGAGUGUGAGUCUUGUGGUAAGCUCUUUUCCAACAUAUUGAUUCUCAAGAGUCACCAGGAGCAUAUCCACCAGGCUUUCUUUCCAUUCAGAUUCCUAGAGAGAUUUGCCAAAGAGUACAGAGAACAAUAUGAUAAGCUGUACCCACUAAGGCCCCAGACACCUGAAGCUGCACCAGCUCCUCCUCCCCCUCCUCCCCCACCUCCACCUCCACCACCCCAGAGGGCACCAACACCAAAUAUACCUGUUUCUGCUCCCACGCUAACGCCACCAACUGCUCCAACCCCUCAGCCUCCAGUACCACUUGCCCAAAUUCCAAUGGCAAUGGAUCUCCCUCUCUUCUCUCCACUAAUGAUGCAGCCCAUGUCACUACAAUCAUUGCCUUCUCAAAUUCCUGCCCAGCUGCCAGCUGUGGAGCCCAGUUUGGCCACUGAUCUUGCCCAACUCUAUCAACAGCAGCUUACCCCUGCCAUGUUGCAGCAACAGAAUAAGAGACCUCGCACCCGAAUCACAGACGACCAGCUAAGGGUACUCCGACAGUAUUUCGAUAUCAACAACUCUCCCAAUGAAGAGCAAAUUAAAGAAAUGGCGGAUAAAUCGGGACUCCCCCAGAAAGUCAUUAAGCACUGGUUCCGAAACACACUGUUCAAGGAGCGGCAGCGCAACAAAGACUCACCUUACAACUUUAACAACCCUCCAAUUACAACUCUUGAAGAAACAAAAAUUGAUUCAAAACCACCCUCCCCUGAACCUUUAAAACAGGAGUCAUAUGGGAAUAAGCGGUCUUCAAGAACACGGUUCACAGAUUACCAACUGAGGGUCCUGCAAGAUUUCUUCGACGCUAAUGCUUAUCCUAAAGAUGACGAAUUUGAGCAGUUAUCUAAUCUCCUGAACCUUCCAACACGAGUAAUUGUUGUGUGGUUUCAAAAUGCCAGACAAAAAGCCCGUAAAAAUUAUGAGAACCAGGGAGAUGGAGUAAAAGAAGGUGACCGACGUGAGUUAUCCAAUGACAGAUACAUUCGCACUACCAACUUAAACUAUCAGUGCAAGAAGUGCAGCCUGGUAUUCCAGCGCAUUUUUGACCUUAUUAAACAUCAAAAGAAGCUCUGUUACAAAGACGAAGAGGAUGACGGGCAGUAUGACAGCCUAAAUGAGGACUCUCUAGAUCUCUCCCAUGAAUACUAUACUCCAUCUGGGUCAUCGGGUCAAACACCAAUGCCCUCAUCCUCAAGCCUCUGCCCUCUUCCUCCAUCCUCUGCAUUCUCUCACAUUGCAUCAUCUGAAAAAGAGGAGCCUACACCAGCUAACACAUCAAACUCCUUUGAUGAAAAAUCAAGACACUCUGCAGAAACAACAUUGGGUCAAAGAGAGCAGACAUCUUUGAAACAGGAAACCAGUCAUCCAUCUGAGACCCCACAGCAGAGACCGCAAAGAGAGGAAAAGAUGCAUGCAGUCCCAAAGAAUUCAAAGCUUUCUUCACCUUCCCUCUCCCAGCAGCAGCAGCACAGUGGUCCCUCCGUUUCACAUACCAGUCAGACCUCCCAAAGUUCCCACAUGGCCCUUAAUCCUCAUUUAGCCUCUGCCUCACAGCAGCAGUUGGCCCAGCAAAUGAUCCCAUACCAGUGUGAGCAGUGCAAACUUGCCUUCCCGUCAUUUGAACACUGGCAGGAACACCAGCAGCUUCAUUUCCUGAGUGUCCAGAAUCAGUUCAUUCAUCCUCAGUUUUUGGAUCGCCCAAUGGACAUGUCAUUCAUGCUGUUUGAUCCAAGUAAUCCUCUGCUUGCUAGCCAGCUCCUUGCAGGAGCAAUACCCCAAAUGUCCAGCAACUCCGCCACCUCCCCAUCAACACCUACAUCAACUAUGAACUCGUUGAAAAGAAAGUUGGAGGAGAAGGCAGGAACUAGUCCAGGGGAAAGUGACAGCAUGAAUAGUGGAGAGGAGCCACAACGAGACAAGCGCCUCCGAACCACUAUAACACCAGAGCAACUAGAGAUUUUGUACCAGAAAUAUUUGCUUGACUCUAAUCCGACUCGUAAAAUGCUUGACCAUAUUGCUCACGAGGUGGGCCUUAAAAAACGUGUGGUACAGGUAUGGUUCCAAAACACACGAGCCAGGGAAAGAAAAGGGCAGUUUCGGGCUGUUGGGCCAGCUCAAGCCCAUCGCCGCUGCCCAUUUUGUCGAGCCCUGUUCAAAGCUAAAACUGCCCUUGAGGCCCACAUUCGUUCACGCCACUGGCAUGAGGCUAAACGUGCUGGUUACAACCUAGCUCUUUCUGGUUUGCUACCUGAACAGGAGGCUAUGCAGUUGAAAAUGGAUCCUCUGGAUAUCUCCAGCUAUGCUCAUCUUGCCCAGUCUAACAAUGAUGCGCAGUGUUCAUCGCUGUCACCUUUAAGCAAAGUCAUGGACUUGUCCCCCAGGGCUCUCCUGAGCCCCACAUCUAUCAAGGUUGAAGGAGUGGAGGAGUUUGAAAGUCCAACCAUUUCCUCAGUAAACACAAACUUUGAUCACAAUAAACUUGAUAAUGAUGAUUGUUCCUCUGUGAAUACAGCAAUUACUGAUACUACCACAGGUGACGAGGCAAAUGUUGACAAUGACAGCGCUGAUGCAAAACACAGCCAAAUCAGUGGAGAUUUCCUCUCUAAGUCUGGGGGCACAGCCCCCUCCAUUGAAAACGAUGAACAGAUGUCCUCAGGACUGGUGAGCCCUGCAACAAGUUACUACACAAAAGACUUUGAAAAUGAAAACAUGAUAGACUACAGUGAAACAUCAAGUCUGGCUGACCCCUGUUCACCAAGCCCAGGGGCCUCUGGAAGCAGAAGCAUUGAUAGUGGAGACAGGCCUGGUCAAAAGCGCUUCCGAACACAGAUGACUAAUCUUCAGCUUAAGGUGCUCAAGUCCUGCUUCAGUGAUUACAGGACUCCAACCAUGCUGGAGUGUGAGGUACUUGGCAAUGACAUUGGACUUCCAAAGAGAGUUGUUCAGGUCUGGUUCCAAAAUGCUCGUGCUAAGGAAAAGAAGGCUAAGCUCAGCAUGGCUAAGCACUUUGGUAUCAACCAGACUUCUUAUGAGGGACCUAAGACAGAAUGCUCUUUGUGCGGUGUUAAAUACAGUGCUCGCCUCUCAGUGCGAGACCACAUCUUUUCCCAACAACACAUCUCCAAAGUAAAAGAUACCAUUGGGAGCCAGCUUGACAAAGAGAAAGAGUACUUUGAUCCAGCGACAGUUCGUCAGCUGAUGGCACAACAAGAGAUGGAUCGUAUCAAGAAAGCAAAUGAGGUCCUGGGACUAGCACAACAACAAGCCAUGCAGCAACAAGGGAUGUUUGACACACCUGCCUUGCAAGCCUUGAACCUUCAGUCAGGUUACCCAAAUCUACAGGGGAUCCCCCCUGUUCUCCUGCCAGGUGUUGGUGGUCCAUCCAUACCAGGCUUUAAUUCAUCAAAUUCAGCUUUAACCCCUCCGAAGCCUCCAAACCUCCUGAACAUGCCUGGUGCCAGUGUACCCUCACCUAGUCUCCCCACAUCUGGUUUACCCAACAAGACUCCUUCCUCCUCUUCAUUGGCAUCGCCCAGCCCAGCUCAGGCCAGCACAUCUGUUGCCCACUCCAGCCCCACCCCUACAUCUACAACAAACUCUUUGAUGACACAGCCAGGCCCUCGCCCUGAAGCUCCCAAAGAUCGUGAUCCUGAGAGGGCAAGGGAGAAAGAUAAACCCAAGGACAAGUCUGAGAAAUCCUCUACACCAUCCUCAGCAGGAACUCCUGCUGCCUCCACUUCUGCUGCCAGUGCCAAGAAAGAAAAAACAGACACUGCUGUUCCGGCCACCUCAAUGCCAACACCUGGCAUGGAAUAUGUGGUCGAUACUGCCCAACUCCAAGCUCUACAAGCAGCUUUAGCUUCAGAUCCAACAGCUCUGCUAACAAGUCAGUUCCUGCCCUACUUUAUGCCCGGCUUCUCUCCAUACUAUGCCCCUCAGAUCCCAGGUGCUCUUCAAGGUGGAUAUCUUCAACCCAUGUAUGGCAUGGAAAGUCUUUUUCCUUACAACCCAGCUUUAUCGCAGGCCCUGAUGGGACUGUCACCUGGAUCUUUGCUUCAGCAUUACCAGCAAUAUCAGCAGAGCCUGCAGGAGGCACUUCAGCAGCAACAGCGGCAGCUUCAGCAGAUCCAGCAGCCCAAAGCAAGCCAAACUUCACAAAACUCGGUGGACCGCAAGGACUCUGCCAAAGAUUCAGUGAAAACAGAGGAGCAAAAAAGCACCCCCUCAGCUGAAACCUCUUCCACUCACAACAACCUAGCCGCUGAGCAGCACGAAGUGGAUGGUAAAGGUGCAGACCCCCAUCUUGACCAAUAUAUUGUCCCCAAAGUUCAGUAUCGGCUGGCGUGCCGCAAGUGUCAAGCUGUCUUCAGCAAGGAGGAAGCGGCUAUCAGCCACCUUAAGUCAAUUUGUUUUUUUGGUCAGUCUGUGGCAAACCUGCAAGAGAUGUUGCUUCGGGUCCCCAACAGUGGGAAUGCAGCCGAAGGCGGCCUCUACGACUGCCUUGCCUGUGACACCACGCUAGAAGGGGACAAAGCGCUCAGUCAACACCUGGAUUCAGCCUUGCACAAACACAGAACAAUCAAAAGAUCCAGAAAUGCCAAAGAGCACGCUACUAAUUUAUUACCUCACUCUUCAGCCUGCUUCCCCAGUCCUAACACCGCAUCUACCUCGCAGUCUGCCACUCACUCAAACAACACCACAUCCCCUCCGCCAACAACGUCAGCAACCACGCCGUCCUCAUCUGCAUCAUCAUGCACCUCCACCUCCUUCACAGCCAGCCCACUCAACACAACAGCUACAGGCAAAUCAUGGUCCCAGGCCCCUUUCUCCAGAGCUUUAGCUGGGAAGUCCAAUCCCCCUUCGUCUGCAUUGUCUUCUUUUCCUCCAGUUUCCUCUCCUUCAACGGUUACCUCAAGUUCAUUGAGCACCUCAGGGGUCCAGACCUCGAUACCAACAGACGUCUUUACCGACGAGUCUGACUCUGACAGCAGUCAGAAGUCAGCAGACAGGCUGGGCAGGCCAGCAGAGGAGCCACAACAGCCUGGCUGUCUCAAAGACAGCAGUAGUUGUAGUAGUAAUCUCACUAGUGUAGGAUCGGACUCCAUCAGAUUGUAAAAGCUUUCAAUGAUGAACAAUAUUUAAAAGAAAAAAGGAAAAAAAGGAAAAAAAAGACAAAAGAAAACACAAAAGAAAAAACAAAAAAGCAGCAAUGUUUAAAAUAUGUUUAAAGUAUACAAACCAAUUUCAGAAAAAGAUGUGUAAAGACUAACUGCAAUUCCAAAGCUUGUAACCAAAAAUUUAAAUGUUAGUGGAUUGUUUUCCCAUAUCAACAUGCUGGUUUUAGUUCGUUACAACCCUCACAGCAGUCGGUUAUUGCUAGUGGAAUGCUCUAUUGCAUUGGACUGCCUCAAAGCAAAAUUAUUAAAAUGGCCCCACAACAAAGAACGAGUCAACAAGCUGUCCCUUGUUUGCAUAAGUAUUUCCGCUUAACAGCACAGUCACAUAAAGCCAGUAUGUACUGUAUGGGAGAAUAGUCUUACAGUUUCCUUGCUAUCUAAGCAUUCAGAUACCAAUGGCUUGCUAAAGAAAAGAAAAAUAAUGUAAUGUCUAUUUUAUUCUCAGGUCAACAGCUCACAACCUUUUCUUGUGUUAAAAAAGGUCAUUAUUUUGUUCAUUUUGUUCCAAACAAAUGAUAGAGGUUUUUGUUUUUGUAUGAAUUUUAUUGGCAGAAGUGAUACUCACUCAACUAAAGUUUCUGGGCAUUCAAUGAGUAGCCGAAUUGCUGGUUUUAAACCUUCUUAAUUAUUGUAUUUUAUUUUAUUUUUUAACGGGAGAGUUGCUUAUCCCAUUUUACCCAGACACAAAGAGCAUUGCAGACUUGGUGGGGGAAAAAGUUUUUUCGUUUUUUUAAGAAAAAAACUUUCUGUAUUUAUGAUAGAUAUAUACAUUUUUGGUGUUCAGUAGAUUGUUGCAUUGGAAAUGAAUUUAAACAGUAUGGUAGAUUGAAAAAUCUUUGUGUACAUUUAGCUUUUGUAUCGUCCAACUUUAAGGCGCUUCAUUUGAUGUUGUCUUGGUCAUUCCAAUAGACUAGAUUAAGGAGCAGGAAACGAUCUCUACUCUAUUUCUGUCCAAUUCUCAGCUUCUUGUUUUCGUUCUCCCAGCUGAAUCUCUUUCUCACCUUUGGUUCGACCAAAACCGAAGAGAAAUCUGGGCUGUGUUUGAACACUGUUCAGUUCUAUUUGUGUUACCUUAGUGCACUUACCACUGUCUGACUUGCUCUCUUUCUGUCUUUAUCCGUUUCUUUCUGUACCCCCUGCCUUUGUAGAUUCGGAGACGACUGCCUCUCCUUUAGCACUACAAAGCAGAUACUUGUUUCCAUGUAACGUGGCUGCAGUCUGCUAUAGGCUUUACGUUCAUUUCAACCUACGUUUUUUUUUUUUUUUCGUUGUUGUUGUUGUCAUAUAUGAAAAUGAAAAAGAAUAAUAAUAAUAAUAAUUCUCACGCUUUAAAACGAAAAGAAAAUCCAAAGACUUAACACUUUCACCAUUGGUGCAUAAAGAUGAGUAAAGAGGCUUCUUUAUACUUGAGAAUUUGUUGCUGUUUUUAAGUAAAGAAAACAAAGUUUUAAAAUAAAAGAAGUACGCAUCAGAGUUGCCGUUUUUGCUUCUUUGCAAGCAGACAGGUGGCUUUUUUACGUCAAAUACUAAGAAAACCAAAAAUCAAAAAGGGCCCUUGUCCUUGCAUUGUGGAGUAGCACCGUUACAGAGCCAUUGCAGUUUGUAAGAUAGAGGUUUUGUUGAAGUUUUUCUGUCACACACAUGAAAUCCAUUUUGUUUUUCUGUUUGUUUUCUUUUUGUAAAAAAAAAAAAGUAUAUAUAUAAGGUCUGGUCUUUGAGGACAUAUGUUUUGCUGCUAAUGUAGAUUUGGAAAGGAAGAAUACCUAGAUGCAUGCUCCUUUUGCUUUUUGGCUAAGCUUUAAGAAAAAGAAAAGAAACAAACAAUAAACCAUUUCCCUGCCCCGCACCAUCUUUUUCUUUCCCUUCUUGUCGCAAAAAACGGAACUUUGAAGACUGUGAAUAUAUGUUCCAAAGGACAUUUUAGCUUCUUUCUUUCAUUUUUGAACAGACCAAUGUUAAAAGCCAAUGAUCUCUAAUGUUUGUAAAAAAUAACAGUGCAUUCCAAAUAAGUUUUAAUUUCGUCUUUUUAUUCGAAGCGAGUACAGUUCUAUUCUAUCCCAUUUCUAAGGUGACUGUAAGCUGUUGUGUAACUCUGCCAUCAUGCCAUCGCUCUGAUUACGAUGUGCCGAGAGCGAGCAGAAUCCCCGCAGCCAUUAAAUGACUUUUACUCACUUGAACUAGAUCACCAAGUCAUAGUGGUUACCAAAAAUGUACAUACCGCGACCUGUCUGGUACUUACACGUCUCGCCGAUCCAGUGUCAUCAUGCUUUUUCAUUUAGAACUAGUCUCGGAACGAAAGGCUGUUUCCCCUCCUGGAAAAUCAAGUAGGGAAUUCAUUUUCUGCAGGGUGUGAAGCCAUUUUCAUGCAUGAAAUGUCUGCUGCAGGUCUGUAAGGGGCAUUUUCAUUCCAAAGCAUUAAAGGACUGGGGAUUUGUUUUACUGUAGGUGUCCCUUGUAGGUAGAAUUCUGUCCAAAGAGGUCCCUCACUCCAAGUCGUUGCAAUGGAAAUGGUUGCUUUUUGUUUUCUUUCCCAAAUCAAGUCAUUUGUGUGGGGCGCAAAUGCAUUUUUGGCUUUAACGGCACGUUAGGUCUUGCAGAGCAACUUGAUCGGGUGUUAUUUGGUGUGCAUGCUAUUGAAAUUGGGUUCAUUCGAUCUGCAAGACGAUCCACUCCUCUCAAUCCAUCUAUAAUAUUGUUGAUAAUUAUUUUUGAGAAGUCUGAUAUUGUAUAGUUUAUUUUUUUGAAUGCUUUGCAUCGUUUUGGUCUCAGAUAAUAUCUUUAUGGUUAUUUUCGUAUAACUGUAUAUUUUAUUUUCUCUCAUUUUUUUGUUGUUGUCCGUUCAUAAAUUAAUGUUACCAAGCCAGCUUUAAAUUGAAAUCGCAUCUAUUUGUUUUCUAUCAUUCUCUGGCCACUUUGUUGUUACAAUGUUCCUAUAUUUGUUCGUCUUGACACCGUCGUAUCUCUUGCUUCCAAAGUGUUCUCGUUUUUUAUAGGCUCUUGUGUGAGGAAGCGAGUUCCUCGCAUCUGUUUUAGCCAGCAUGGACUUUGUAUGAGCGCGCGCGUGCGUGUGUGUGUGAGUGUUUCAUAAGAGCCAGCAUCAGUCUGAGUUUUUAUACUUUGUAUUCUAUUUUCUACUUUCAUUUCGCACCAAAAUAUACUGAACUGCAACGCUGAACCUUCAGCAAAGGGUUGGGAAAAACAAUAAUUGCGUAAGGUGGUGAAAGAAGAAACAGAAGCACUGAGCAGUUAUUAUUUUCAUUAAUUAUAUGAAUGUGGCCAAAGCUUCAUCCAGUCGAAAACAUGAAAAGACAAAAAAAACGACUUUAUUUGGUGCCCCUGAUGAGUGUAUAUUUAUUGUGGUUAAUCUAACACGUGGCUGAGAUACAUCAAAACUCUCAUUUGGGAUACUUGAUUUUUCUUUUUCUUUUUUGUGCAAAGAGAGAACGAGAACGACAGGUUUUGCUGUAGAGGUCAUCCUUUUUGCCCACUGUGAAAAUAAACAUGUAUACAGAUAUAGAUAUAUUUAAAGAAGACAUCAACACUUUUCUUUGAAAUGACAAAGAAGGAAAUAAAGAGAAGCGAACUCUGGGAAACUUGAGAGAUGUCUUUGAGAUGUCUGAGAAGGCUGUUGGCACACCAAAACUGGGCAUGGGAGCCAAAGGUAGGGCCGAACGGCCCUGAUAUCAAGUCAUUAUUUAACUAACACAAUAUGCCGAUGGGAGUGGACUCUGCGACCAGUGGACAUAUGUGACACAGAGAGGAAGCGAUCUCCUUUUUCCUCUCUCUGGAUCUGCAUCUACUCAGACAUUUUCUGCACUUCUGAACGGGACGGACUCAAAACACUCGCAUAACGUUUGUCUCCCAGUUCACGGUGUUGCUACCUGUUUCAUUUCCUCCUGCCCGUUUCAGUGACUGACACGUGGUUCCACUCUGGUUCCAUCCAACCAUAAAGAAUGACUCUAGUGCUCAAGGGGAGGGGAUUUUUUUUGUUCCUGGGUGUCAUUCCUAGGGAUGCAGACAAACACAAAAAAGCGAAGCAACCAAAAUUAAUAACCAAACUAACAAGCAACCAAACAGAAAAAAAAACCAUGAAAAAAAAAGAACAUUUGCUCCAGUUUCAACGAUGAACUGCUGCUGGAGCUUCCUGUUCCUUUAGUGGCUCCUGGUGCCACAGCAUUUUUGACGCUUUUUGUGUUUCCUUUACUUUUUUUUCCCUCUUUCGUUCUCCUCAAAUUAUUCCUCCUCCGAGCCUCACAAGCACGGCUCUGUGGCUCCAGGUAGCCCAUCCGAGGGUAGAACUUACAGCCUUGCAAUGUACAAAAAGAGCAAGUUAAACCAAAAAUGUUGUUCUUGAUGUCUUUUCUAUACUGUAGUCUUGUUAGCUUUUUGUUACUGUAAUUAUAUGAUGAAGAUUUCCAAACUGUACCAAAUUACAUGGAGACUAACAUACAUAAACCACAUGGAACUUCAGACUUUUAAAGAGAAACUUUUGUCACAAAAAACCUUGUUGUCCUAGUUAAGUUGAUUGUAGAUGGUAAUUGAAUAUACUCCUUUGAAAAUAUUUCAUCAAGUAUGUUUCUUGCUCAUUGUGAUACAUUAAAAAGUAUGAGCAUAAAAGCC